AUGUACCGCCGGGCGGACCUGUGCCACUGCAACGAUUCUACCGCGGGGCGGGCAAGAAGCCUUUCCCAACCCUCCGUCGCCCAUCCAUCUCCACCCGAACGAGCUACCCUACAUCGCAACGUCCAGGCGCAAUUCCCCAUCUCAACCACCUACUCCACCAUCGCCACCAAAGCUCUUUCGUUCCAAGGACAAGUGCUCACUGGCGUCACUCCGCUUCAACUGGCCCAGAAUGGCUUAUAUCACCAGCCUCACCAAGGGUUCGGCGGCCUGGCGUGCUGCUUUGCCUGUCAAUCGGCCCAAUCCCUAUACAUCUUCCAGCGCGCCCCUUUCGAAGAGGUGCAGCAAAUACACUUGGUAGACUGCAUAUGGCAAGCCAUCUGUCGUGACUUACAACAUCACUUCGAAACCCCGACACACUCCCUUACUCAACCACCGCAUCACCUUCGCCUAGACAGUCAUCUCCUAGCCCCCAUCUUUCUUCGGACAGGGAACAACUCGAAACGACUACCGUACCGCCGACUUCAGUACACAGUCUCAAACCCAAUCAACACCACGGUACCUACUAUAGUGGAGAAAUAUUCGAACACCAACCUCGAUCCCGUGCUAAACCGUCAUCCGUCAUACUCGAUCCAGAAUCGCAUCUAUCUCGACAACCUGCUCUCCCCGACCUCUCCAACCGACACCGACCAUAACUCCCUCACCAAAUAG